CCAGCCUGUACAGCUUUGGCCCAGUAUGCUACCACUGUUUCCCACACGUGUCUGAGAUAGAGAAUGUGCCCAAAUGGGUGCAAUGUCGCGGUGAGAGAAUUGAUCGUUUCUUCUAAGUCUCCGCCUCUCAAAGCACCAAAAAGAUGCACCGUGCUCCAACCGCCUGUUUAUCAGCGCUCCACUAAACACCGUGGCACCAUCACCAAGGCACGAAGCAAACCGCUCGUCGCACACGGCAGCAGCCAAUCAGCGGGCUGGUUUCUCUUCAGCAUCUCGGAGGGACUGAGCACUCGGUCAAACUCAGCUCAGGCAGCAGGCAGGAAAGGGAUUUCAAGACUCCGCGACGCGCAAUUAUGGUUUUCUGAACUUGACAAGGAGGUGGAGGAUUGCAUCACCAGCACAAAGAGAAAACAAAAGUCAGCUAAUCCAAGCACUGCACAGAAGGAACCAAAUUCCUGCACAAGCAUGGCAAACCAGAAAGACAACAUAGACGACUUUAAAGUCCAGACAGCCAAGCAUCCUAACAUGGGCUCGGCCCCUUUACGGCCGCACGGUGAACAGUCUAAAGACCGGUUGUCCAAGAGGCUUUCAACUGAGUCUAAUGGGACCAGUGAAGGAGGUGUGGGCUCGUCCACACCAGUGGAGGUGACUGCUUUGGAGGAGUCUUUUCGCCGCUUCGCUAUCCACGGUGACACUCGCGCUACCGGCAAGGAAAUGCACGGAAAGAACUGGUCCAAGCUCUGCAAGGACUGUGGCGUGAUUGACGGCAAGAACAUCACCCUCACUGACGUGGACAUCGUCUUCAGCAAAGUCAAGAAGAAAUCCUGUCGCGCCAUCACAUACGACGAGUUCAAGGUUGCACUUGGAGAGCUGGCCAGGAAGAAAUAUAAAGAAAGGACUGGAGAGGAGGCUGAGGCCGAGGUCUUCAAACUGAUUGAGGGGAAGACACCUGUCAUCGCAGGAGUCACGAGAGCCGUGGCUUCCCCAACAGUGAGCCGUCUUACGGACCCCACCAAGUUUACAGGGUCACACAAGGAGCGUUUUGAUGACACUGGUCGCGGGAAGGGUAAGGCAGGACGAGUGGAUAUGGUUGACACUUCUGGAUACGUCUCGGGAUACAAACAUCGAGGGACAUAUGAAAAGAAAGUGAAUAAAUAAACCUUACCGUGGGCAAACUCAUGUGAGGGCGAGGAUAAGGAAAUAGACAUUUGAUCAACUACUAUGAUACUUUUCUAUUAAGAGUACUCAAAGAAAGCACAAACAAAAUAGCAUUUCAUAUAUUUUUCCCACCCAUCAAUUUUGUGUGUGUGUGUGUGUGUGUGAGAGAGAGAGGUUUUUGAGUUCCUCUCUUUUAGAAGUGUGAGAACUGGAAAACUGUUUACAUCUAUUUUUACAAAGUCAUCACCAGCUGGUACAUUCCUGUCUGAUAGCAAGUUACUGCCAAACACUGAAGAGAACAAACGAGAGAAAACUGCUAUGCUAUGAAUACUGAAGCUUUGUUGUAAUGAUAGGGCCUUAUAUUUAUUGAGCACAAUGAACAACAUGCCAAGAAAAACAGGCGUGGGACAACAGUUUGAUGAAUUAACAACAUUGCACUUUUUAAUGGAAACUUUUUGAAUCCCAUAUAUAUAUAUAUAUAUAUAUAUAUAGUGUAUAUUUGAUUUGCAGUUUCAACGAGAAUUAGCAAAUUUUUUGACACGUUCUUCUUUUGAAAUCUUAAAUUGUUCCAUUCUUCAGUGUUGUCUGUCUGCCAUCCACACUUGUCAACUGUUAAGUCUUAAAAAAUGUGCUGUUAAUUUUUUUGUAAGCUCACACUGUCAUUUUAAGAAUUUGCCUUCAGCUCAAACCAAGAAAAUAUAUUAAGGGUUUUGUCAACUUGUAUUAAUGUUUUUGUUGCAAAAUGCAGCGUAGUUAACGUUAGAUUUUUUUUACCUCUGUGAUAUCUUCUUACUUCUGUGAAUAGGUAAAACAAAAAUUCCUACCACGUAAACCUUUUAAAUAUGCCUGCUUAUAACAAAAAAAAUACAAUAGGAGUCUUGGAGAAUCUAUUUACUCCUACAAUGUUGUCAUUCAGACCACAAACCAUUUUGCUAACAUGCAUUUUGAAUUUUAAGUUGUUGAAAUUCAGCUGAAGGAAGCUCUAACCACAGUAGAUGAGCUCAGUUGUACAAGAUUGUAUUAAUUAUUACAUUUUACUAUUUCCUCAUGAUUUCUAUACAGUAGUUCUAAUAUAUUUGUGGUGAGAUUGUGUAUAUUCUAAAACGUUAUAGCCCCAUGGCUUAAUUUAUGACACUGGCUUCAUAUGUUGUUUUUAUGUAUUGCUGUACUUUGUGCAUGUUUAUGUAUAUUGCAUUUGAUUCAGAAGCAUAUAGAUGACAGUAGGAGUUUGUCAUAUCUUAUCUGAGCUGCUGUGAGGACAGACUACUGGACAGACUUAAAUAUUUUCUUGCAAAAAAAAAAAAAAAAAAAAAAUAGUGAUGGAAUUGCAGGAUCAUGAUGAAAUCUUGUAUUGCUUGAAAUCAAUAUGUAUCAACUUUUACAUACAAAGUCAGCUAUGCUCCAAUGCUAUUAUUAUAGUUGUCUGUUGGUAAAGAUUUAGAGUACCUUUUAUGUGUGCUAUUGUCAUCCAAGGCACAAAUUCAACUGAAAACAGGAAAAACAGAAGCAGGGUUUUACCGUUGUAUCCUUACAAAUUAGAUAAAAGGGAAAAUUGCAAAGAAGUAAUAUUUUGUAGAAUAUUUUUCCAACAUAGUGACAGUGUCACACACUACCUGUAGCCUCAGCUGAUGAAGAAUCAUGCAUCAAGUGCAAAACUUGCAGCUAUCAGUGUGUUAGUUUUCAUUUGCUGCUGUAGCUUGAUCUGUUCUCUGUGCUUAAUGCCAAAUACUGUGCACCUUUAAUGUGGAGGAACAUAUUGUCUUAUUUGUUUUUUUUCAAAUAACUUUUAAUGUACUAUUGUGCCCUGGUGCAUGCAGUGUGUUUGUGUUCUUUAGACCUCUUAAUGUGUGUUCAUGAUUUGUAGUGCAUUACUGAAAAAUAAAAACAAAGUAUAGGGUGUCAGUCAAAACACAA